CCAUCCCCAGAGAAAACAUGGAUUUCCAUCUCUUCGCUAAUCUAUCCCUCCCCUUCAAUUUUAUUUUAUACUCUCAACUACAGCUUCCCAAAGGGCAGAGAAGUACAUUUGGGGAUUUAUCUCCCAGUUCUGCUCUUGGCCAAGAAUGAAAGUCACCUUCGAUUCCCAAUCAACACUCAGCCUUCUUAUUGGUCCCACAAUUUCAAGGUGGAAAAAGAAUGAAUUUUUGAAUCAGAACCAGCAAACAAAUCAAAUAGGUUCUGCCUUUUAGUCUCAUAAGCCUGGAAGAUUCAACAAAGCAAAUGAACCCAGAAAUUUGGCACAGACAAACUAGCAACUUCACUAGAGAUGUGGAAUCUGGCUAGAGUUAGGUGGGUCCUUGACAAUCUGAAACUAUGAACUGUGAACUUCCCAACUCAGCGGGGGUGAGGGGAAGCUGCUCCCAGCAGUCAGAAAGCAGGACCUUGCACUCUCUCUGCUAUGCUUGGAUGCUCCAAACUCCCCAAGGGUGGUUAUUUGGGGGCUCUGUUCUCCCCAGUGCACACCUGACUUCAACUCUCCAUCAUUAGAAAUCAGGCCAGAAAGAGUUUGUCAGCUGCCAGGAGGCGGGGAAGCCUGUCCAGCCAGCUUCUUCCAGAUGGAUUCUGUCCCAAUCCUGGAUGGAGUUGGUCUGGAGGCUUCCACUCUAGGAACUGAGACCAAGGGCCAAUGUGAAAGGACCGAGGCAGGACAGGCACUAAGCCCAUCCUCAGCCCAUUUCACUGUGAACGUUCUCUCCUCGACCAACCUGUGCUCAAAGACACAGGUGCGUCAAUGAAUUCCAGGAAUGUUGUACAGGUUGUCUCAAUCAACCCAAGACUCACUGCAGUCAAUUCCUCACCAGAUGAGUGAGUCCCCAAAGAAGCUGGUUGGUUGCAUAGGAGAGAUGUGUGCCCCAUACUAAUAGUAAUAUUAAUACUCACCAGAGACACAACACAUCUUGCCAAAAGAUCACCAUAAUCUUAUAUGUACUCCUGUGCCCAGUUCACUAUGAGAGUGGUGCUGUUUGGCAUGCUGAUCCUUGAUCCCUCUCAAUUUCCAUCUUUGUUGCCAAGAACAGUUAUGUAAGAAUGUUAUGUAACCCUCCUUCUUUAUUUUCACCAGCCAUUGGAAAGGGAGCAAUGUGUACUGUAACACACAUACACCAUUCCAAUCAAUGUCCUGUGCGUCCCCACUGAACUUGACUUGUAUUUGGAGAAUCAGCCUCUGCUUGUCCUUCUAACACCAUGAAAGAGAGAAAGGGGCCUCCUAGUUUAGACCUUCCCAUAGCUAAAUGCUAGAGACAAAUGCUGGCUUCACCCUCUGCCGGAAUCCAUGAGUCGAGGCAUAGGUGGGGCAUCUCUUCAACAGGGACAUUUUUACACAGAAGUAUGUCUUUCUAGAUGGCUGGGGCCUGAGCAGACUCAUUCAGCAUGGCAAGCGUAUCAACACAAUGCCUGAGGAAGAGGUGGGGAAAUCAGUGAUGACCACUAGGAGCCAUUUAAUAUGGAACAGGUGCAUCCUGGGCAGAGAGAGCCCAGCAAUGAAGACUCUUGUUCUUGAGCCAGUGGGUUCAUUCUGUGGGGAUCACGAAGUUGACUGGACCUGAAUGUCCCUCUUCACAGCCAGCUGCUUGACCCUGUGGUUUAUGAUUAUCAAACACCCAGCUUCCAGCCAAUGAGGUUCUACCAAGUCUGUUACCCCAAUAGGGAUUACAGAGAAGCAUACAGGCAGAGCUAGCUGUGUGCCUUUUGGCCUUUGAGAUUUGAGACCCAGAAGUCUCCCAUGCCUCCUUAUCAUAUCCGCAAAUACCAGGAUAGCGACCACAAAAGUGUGGUGGAUUUGUUCUCCAGAGGCAUGAAAGAGCACAUCCCCACCACUUUCUGCUACAUGUUGAUGCUGCCCCGAAUCCUCUUGCUCUUACUUGGGGUCCCUCUUACCCUACUCUUGGUCUCAGGCUCCUGGAUUGUGGUUCUUCUCUCCAGCCUUAUUCUCUUUGCUUCCCUGUGGCUCCUUGCAAAACAUAGUUGGGAAAAGUAUUUAGUAAAAUGUUUGCACACAGACAUGGCUGACAUCACCACAACCUACUUGAGUUCUCAUGACUCCUGCUUCUGGGUGGCUGAGUCUAGGAGUCAGAUAGUGGGCAUGGUGGCAGCCCUGUCAUUGGAGAAGAAGCAGAAGAAGCAACUAUGGCUACGUCACCUCUCUGUGUCAUUGGAGCACCGAAGACAGGGGAUAGGUAAAGCUAUGGUCAGGAUGGUCCUCCAGUUUGCACAGGCCCGGGGCUUCACUGAAGUUGUCCUUUCCACCAGUGUGUUCCAGUAUGCAGCCCUGGCUCUCUACCAGGAUAUGGGCUUCCAGAAGACUGGCGAGUUCUUCUUCUCCAUUAUCUCCAGACUAAGGAAAUCUCCGAUUAUACAAUUAAAGUAUUGUCUCACUUCUGCUCAGGAAGAGGACCUGUGAUCUAUCUCUUGUGUGUGCAUCAGACAGGAUCUGGUUGCUUCUGUAAUAGUAACAAACCCAGAUACUUCAGGAGCAAACCACUAACCCUCACAUUCAAGCAUAGCCACGUCAUGUGUUUGGGGAGGAGGUUGGGGCAAUGGCCACUCUUUCCCAUACACGCUUUCUGAGGUAUCUUUUAUCUGACACUAUAGUAAUGUAUAAAAUGAAACA